AUGUCGGUUGUGUGGUUAGCAAUGGGCGAAGAUGGCAGUGUGGUGGGUUCUCGAAGCAAGAAGAAUCUGUCUUGGCUAUUGUUAUUGUUUGAAGCGCGCGAUGAUGCCAAGCCGACUUUGAACUUCACAUGCAUAAGCGUUCGAGAUCUGACCGGCCAACCAACGCACGGACGUCGACACCUCGCGUCUUCUCGUUCACUUUGUGUAUUCCGCCGCUUGUCGCUCAAAAGAGUCGACCUCGGGAUACAAAACAUCGCCCCCAACAUCUCACCAUCGCGGUUGCUUGAGGUCUCUGCGAAGACUGCCGGCCAGCGAGCUAUGGCGCCGCCGGGUGGUACUGACGCCGGCAACAAGGACACCAACAAUGUCACCUCGACUCCCAGCGGCAGUCCUGUCACGACUCGCUUCAUUAGCGCCGACUUUGGCACCACGAAGUUGAUGGUCACAUACUGGGUCGGCAAGCCAGGAGUUCCACCAGAACCCUCUGCUGCGCGCGACGUUCGCUUGGGCGCACAUGCAGACCACACUACCUCGCGCAUCGCCCUCGAGAAGCAAGAUGAUGGCACGUAUCGGUUGCUUUGGGGUAAGUAUACCCUUGUGACCGUGACCGACGCAGUAGCCUCAGAAAUGGCAGCACAGUCUCGGCGCUACGUCUCAGAGCGCGCGGAACUUGAGAAGGCCAUUGAGGCUGGUACCGUUUCCGCCGAGAACAUCAUUGAGCAACUCAAGCUCUCCAUAUACAGAGCUCAUAGCGAUAACUAUAUCGCUGAUACAGCGGAGCGCCGUCUGAAGGCUUGUGGAUUCGAUGCGGAGACAGUGCUUCAGGAACUGUUCAGGCAGAUUCUUCAGAAGAGCUUGUCCUCGAUGAGCGAGGACUGGUUUAUUGGCUUUUCGAAGGAGGUGAGAUCCUCCAUGCCAACCGUGCUCUUCAUCAGCGUGCCGGAAGCUUGGGACCCGCCGGAGAACCGCAUCAUGUCACAAGCUGCGAAGAAGACUGGCCUUGUCGACCGUGUGCAGCUCGUCUACGAAGCUCAUGCCUCUGCCGCAUUCUACUUCGACCAGCUCAAGAACAACGGACAGGCUUUGUACUUGGCAGGCGAGCAAUUCAUCCUCCUCGACGCAGGUGGUGGUACGACUGACGGCAUUCGGCUGCAGCAGAAGAGCGACUCAAAUGAUGGCGCUGCUGUAAAGCUUCAUAAACUGGCACCGUCAGAGAGUGACCUAUGUGGCUCUGAAUUUGUUGACGCCGAGUUCCUCAAGUGGCUGCCACCAUAUGUUGAACGCAAAUACAAGGCCAAGCCCAAGCCCGAGAACGGCGAGGAGACGGUGCAAAACAAUAUUGGCAAUGCGAAGAAGCGCAAGAAGGGCAAGAAGGACAAGCCCAAGCCCAAGCCCCAACCCGAAAACGGCGAGGAGACGCUGCGAAACGAUAUUGGCAAUGCGAAGCAGGGCAAGGAGGACAAGCCAAAGAAGUAUGGCCUCGAGGCACUACUUGAGGACCUGGACAUCAGUAAGGACAACUUUCUUGAGCAGGCCAAGCAUGGCUUCUCACAACAGAAAACCACGAAGACCACGAAAAUAGCCAACAUUACCGUCAGCGGCAAGGACUGCGACAGUACUGGACUUGAAUCUGGUUGGCCAUAUUUCAACAGGAUGGCAGAAAUGCGGCAAUUCUUUGAACCUGUCGUUAAGAAGAACGUCGAUCUUGUUUCAGCCCUGUUGAAGGACUCGGAAGUCAAGUUCAUCUUGGUGGCGGGCGGGUUCUCCAAGUCGCGAUAUCUGAUGGAGGCACUCGAGAAUGCAUUCGGCAAGGACAAGGUGAAGGAUGUUGCUCCAAGCGUCGCCCUCGCGCCCCAUCCAGUCGCGCGCGGUGUGGCUCUGCGCUACCAAGAUGUGAUCGACAUCAGUGUGCCCCCAACAGACUGUUUCGGCAUCUCCCAAGAUGAACACUUCGACGAUCUUCGUCACCCAGAUGGUCUUUAUGAGAAGGGAGAUCAGAUCUUGUCCCGAAGAGGUAACAUUCCAGCGAGAGAAGGUGACAUUAACAAGAGAAUCGUCAUGAGGGGAAAAUAUGAUGACGAGCUCUGGGUCGAGGAGCGCUGGGUCACACUCAUGAAGCCAGGAGAAACGGGUCCAGUCGAUUCUGCGGUCUGGCAAUGGGACUUCAUCGAGGAAGCACACAAGGACCAGCCUCUGAAGUGUCAGAUCUACUGGACUAAGACCCGCAUCAAGGACGGCAGCCACAUCCAGCAGUGGGGCGGAGAAGCUGGGAUGAGACGCGACGUCAUGCAUUGGGGCCCGCCUCUCAUAGUCAAGGCUCCAGAUUGGCAUGCUCACGGCUUCCGGCUGACGACAACGAAGAAGAAGCAGGGGAAGAACUUCGAGGGAUUCCACAUCUUCUGGCGCCUGAAGAUGGCGCGUGAGGGUGGGAACGUGAGCUUGCUGUGGGAGCUUGCGCCUCCUUUGGAGGGAAUGCCUGCACAUGACUAUCCAAGCGAGCAGACGAUUCACCUCGUGAAGGAGAUGGUUGUGGACCAGAACUUGGCAGCGAAGAAAUUUGAGAGUAGGUGA